AGCGCAGCGGGGCCGCGGACGGGCGAGGGGCCCCCGAGGAGCUGCUGGUCGCGGCCCAGGCGGCCCGAUCUCGCGGGCCGACCGAGCCCGGAGGUAGAGCCGCCGCCGCCGCCGCCGCCCUUGGCCCGGCUUGUGUUGGGCGGCGGCGUCUUCCCCCUUCCCCGCAGCCCCUCCCUCCUCUCUGUCUCCCAGUCCCGAGCGCCUGGACCCCUCCUCCGGGGGGCGUCCCUCUCCGUUCCUGCGUUCUCCUAGCUUCUCCUCGCCUCCCCUCUUCUCCGUCGGUCUUCCCUUCUCGUCCCCCCUCUCCUCCCUCCACCAGCGACUCCUCCUCCCACCAGCGUUCUCCUCCCCCUGGGCGUCUCCCCCUCCCCUCCCCGGGGUCUCCCCUCCCAAAUCUCUCCCCCCAUACCCUAAUCCAACCCCGGCACUUCUCCAAGAACGUCCCUUCAUUCUCCUGCUCCGUUGCCCGGGGAGGGGGAGGGGGGGCGGGGGGGUUGUCUCUGGGGCGCCCUGUGGUUCGCCCUCCAGCGUUCCAGGGCUUCCCGGAGGUCACCCAGUGCCCGUUGCUUGCACCUUUGGAUUUACUUGACUCUACAGACGUGCAUCUAAUCUGUUCCUAGUUUAUUCAGUCGAAAACGUUUGUAGUUCUAAGUAUUGCCUAAGUGUGAACUUGAAGAUGGGAGGUGCUGUGAGUGCUGGUGAAGACAAUGAUGAGCUCAUAGACAAUUUGAAAGAAGCACAGUACAUCCGGACUGAGCUGGUAGAGCAGGCCUUCCGAGCUAUCGAUCGUGCAGAUUAUUAUCUUGAAGAAUUUAAAGAAAAUGCUUAUAAGGACUUGGCAUGGAAGCAUGGAAACAUCCACCUCUCAGCUCCGUGCAUCUACUCAGAAGUGAUGGAAGCCCUGGACCUGCAGCCGGGGCUCUCCUUCUUGAACCUGGGCAGUGGCACUGGCUACCUCAGCUCCAUGGUGGGGCUCAUUCUAGGUCCUUUUGGUGUGAACCAUGGGGUUGAACUCCAUUCAGAUGUAAUAGAAUAUGCAAAGCAGAAGCUGGACUUCUUCAUUCGAACCAGUGACAGCUUUGACAAAUUUGACUUCUGUGAACCUUCCUUUGUUAUUGGCAAUUGCUUGGAGAUUUCUCCAGAUUGUUCUCAGUACGAUCGUGUGUACUGUGGGGCUGGUGUGCAGAAAGAGCAUGAAGAAUACAUGAAGAGUCUUCUCAAAGUAGGGGGCAUCCUUGUCAUGCCGCUGGAGGAAAAGUUGACUAAGAUAACACGAACUGGUCCUUCUGCUUGGGAAACCAAAAAGAUUCUGGCUGUUUCUUUUGCUCCUCUGAUCCAGCCCUGUCAUUCAGAGUCAGGAAAAUCAAGACUUGUCCAGUUACCGCCACUGGCUGUGCGAAGCCUCCAGGACUUGGCUCGCAUUGCCAUCCGGGGUACCAUUAAAAAGGUGAUUCGUCAGGAGACGGUGAGCAGCAGUGGAAAUGGACUAAAGAACACUCCUGGGGUUAAACGAAGGAGAGUCCGCCGCCGUCGAAUGGAAACAAUUGUCUUUUUGGACAAAGAGGUUUUUGCCAGUCGGAUUUCCAGCCCGUCUGAUGACAAUAGCUGCGAAGACUUGGAAGAGGAGCCGCGGGAGGAGGACAGAGCCCCACCGCCCGAAGCCAAGCCAGCCCCGCCGGUGAACUUUCUACGGGAGAAGGUCCUGAGCCUCCCUCUGCCAGAUCCCCUGAAAUACUACUUGCUGUAUUACAGGGAGAAGUAAGUCUGUGGGAACAGGGGACCGAGGCAGAGCUGAUGCUGCGCCUGUCGUCCCUGAGGGGUCGCCCGGGCACAUGCUGUGGGCAAGGAAAGCGCUCUCCUCUCGACCUUCCUGUGUUUAGUUCGUUCUUGGUUUUCCUGUAGAAUCUCCAUUCAGUGGUAUUGUUUCAGUAAACGUAAUCUGACAAACAUAAAGUUCAUAGGAGAAGGUUUCCUCAAAAGGGAGAGCAUCUCCUGGAGAAGAGUAUUUGCUUUUUGCUUUGAUGAAGCUCUGACGUCUGCCUGCAGAGACUGCUUUGGUGAUCGUCUCCCACUCAAGAUAACACACGAAGACUGAAGUUGAAAGUAACCUGUGUUGCUUAGAAAAAGUGAAAGGAAGUGCAAGUUUGCAAGUGUGUAAAAGCUUUUCUGGGUGUGCCACACCUGUGUCUAGGUUAGCACUUUAUGGUGUCAACCUCUUAAUUACUGGCGCUGAACUCCACUAACCCUUUUAGUUCUCUAAAGGGGGGUGGGGUGGGAAACGUUAUUGGAAAGCUCUCCCUUGUUUUAAAUAAAUGUAAUUAAAUUUUAUGUGCAUUGUCAGUAGUAAUUUUAAAAGAGGGAAAUUGUGAUAGGGGAGGAAUAAAAGUAUCAAAUUGCCAGAUGGAAUUCCAAAAGAAUUCAAGGAAUAUUUUCCUGACACCUUUUCUUACCUUUAGAAGAACCAAUGUCAGAUAAUCCCUUAAGGAAAAUACUCAAGAAUGAAACAAGUGUUGUGUGCAGUGAGCUACCUUACUUUUACCCCGGGGAUGGGGAUGACUGUUGACCCAACCUUGAGUAUGUUAAUGGGUGUCUAAGGCAUGGAUCGUCUAGUCCUUAAAACAGGUGGGAAGUAUUAAAACUGCAGGAAAUACAUCAGAGACAAUGUUACAACAGCCUGUGCUGUUUUUUUUUUUCUUCAGUUGACUAUUUUUCUGUAAUCACAUUAUAGCACUGAUUAAUAGAUUUUAUCUUUUAUAAUUCUGGAGAAGAUGUGUUAGUUUUCUAAUUUUUCUCAAUAACAAAAACAUGUAUUUUAGUAGCUCCAUUGCAUUAGAAUAACAGGUCAACCUGCAGUGGUUUGUGGAAUCUACCUUCUCUAGGCCCUUUGUGUUGACCGCUUUCUGUGUUCACCAAGUUCCAAAACAUUGGUUCUUUUCAAACUUGCUUUUUGUACCCAAAGAAGGAAACAGUGGUAUAAAAUGUUAACAAUAAACCCAAACUUAGAGUGCUGAUGUGGGAUCGACCAUCCAGAUUUUAUGACUCAUUUUGUCCGUUGGACUCUUGGGUGUUGCCGAGCUUGAAUAUGUCUUUGUGGUUUCACCAGCUGAACUGAGUUCUGGUUGGUUAUCUAUCUAUCUAUUUAUUUAUUUAUUUUUAAACUUUUCUUCUUUUAUAGGUAACUUAAUCAUUUUCACAGGAUACUAUGUGCAUGCAGAGCUGGGAAAAUAUGUCUUUUGCCCUAGAUUUGGAAAUGUAACUUUUUGUAAAGACAGUUACUUCAUAGUUGUUUUCAACCUGACUUUUAACUGAAGGUCAGGCAUCGCUGUCUCAGAGAGAAGCUUACAGUUUGUGUUUAGUUGAGACCUUGAGAUCACUUGGUGGUGUGCACAUCCUUGCCGAUGUCACGCUGGCCGGCAUGUAGCGACCUCUGCAGCACACGGACAUUUGGAGCAUAAUGUUAAAUGUGUAUUUGUGAAAUCUUUACACUAGGUGGCUUGACUAAGUUCUUUCCCUAUAAUUGUAUGUGGGUUUUAUUUAUUUUUUAAGUCACAUUUGCCUUUAUGCUAGACUGUAAAACCUCUUCACCAUGCAUAAGACAUGUUUUUCCCUAUAUAGGUUAGACCUUUGCUGACAUUUGUGUUCGUAUUUACAUGUUGUCUGUGGUACCUAAACCAGAGUUUGGUUAAAAAUAUAUAUAGAUGUAAUAUAUGUGAAAUAGUUUGGUGUUUAUCUUAUACACGUAGAGAAGAAUUGUAAAUGGGUUUUCCGGGCUGAAGUGCCCCUCCCCAGAGUCCAGUCUGAUGCACUACUGUCUGUUCCCUGACAGAUGGAUUAUGUAUAGUCUGUGUGGUCUGUAACCUCUGUAUUGUAAACCACUUUUUAGACAACCAUGGACUCUUAUGUUUUUAGGAGUAUGUAUUUCUGUAUAUGAUUUAUGUCUUGAAAGUAGUAAAGCCACAGACAUGUACACAGCGAAUAUCAAAUUUAUAAAUAUCAAGUGUGCAAUGUAAAAAUCAACUGUGUAUGUAAGAAUGAUUUUGCCAGUCUGGACGUUGCAGGGAAUUAAUUUCAGAAAUUUGAAACCAAGAUUUUAAUGAGCAGAUAUACAUUGGAUAAAUAUAAAGACUGUCAAUAAACCUGGUUGAAGCACUUCAGCCUUCUCGGCAUGGCUUGUGUUUCCUGUGUGGGGUUGAAAUUCUUGACUACAUAUUUUCCAAAAAUCUUUAAA